UGGGUCAGACAGGAAAAACAGAUGUGUGGAAUGUAGACGCUUAUUGGUGAAUGAUGCUCUCCUGUCCUAUCUCCAUAAAUAAGCACCUCUUUGGCUCAAAGACAAGGGCGGCCACACCCUCCCCCUCCUUCUGUUCGUGGCCCUGUGUAGUUUUACCUGCUCAGGUGUCAUGUAAUCCCUCCCCCAGCCCUGCUUUGCCACCGACCCCCCACCCUUAGACAAUGGGGCUGGUCUGACAUUACCAUGACCUAAUGCAGACUUGAGUAGCCACCUUUCCAAGGCGGGCACCCCACUGAAACUAAAGUUACUGUGGUGAAGAUGGGAUGAGAAAGCCAGAAGAGGCACAUAAGAAAAGGAGUUACACUAUCCGUGCUUCCUUUCCACCUCUGUGGCUUUUGUGCCAGAACAGGAGCAAUGAACACAACCAGAACUUGACCCAUCUUUAGGUGGUGCUUGUGCAGGAAGAGAGAGAGAAGGCAAGAAGGAAGGAGGAAAUGGAACUGCCAAACCAUGCCAAACAACUGCUGCUGCAACUCAACCAGCAGAGAGCCAAGGGCUUCCUGUGUGAUGUUAUCAUUGUGGUGGAGAAUGCACUCUUCCGUGCCCACAAGAACAUCUUGGCGGCAAGCAGCAUCUACUUCAAAUCUCUGGUCCUCCACGAUAACCUCAUUAACCUUGACACAGAGAUGGUCAAUCCCUCUGUAUUUAGGCAAGUUCUGGACUUUAUCUACACUGGAAAACUCCUGUCCUCAUCAGACCAGAGUAGUGAUCAGAAUUUCAGUGCCCUCUUGACUGCAGCCAGCUACCUCCAGCUCCAUGAUCUUGCAGCUCUGUGCAGGAAGAAGCUUAAGCGUAGUGGUGGAAAACCUUUGCCAGGAAAGCCCUCCACUCCAGGUCCUAUUAGCCGCUUACGCCUCAAUAACCAACGCCUUUCCUCUUCUACCCCUGCUGGCCCAAAUAACCACUAUCCCUCAACGCCUUCGGAUGCCGACCAGCAGCAGCCAGAUGAAGGCCUUCGGGACAAGCUCUCAGAUGAUGAGAUGUUUGUUGGGAAUUCUGGAAAAAAUGGGGGCAAUGGCAGCAGUAAUGGUAAUCUUAGCAGUGGAGCAAGUGCUGGAGAGCCAGAUCUUGGACUAGACCUUUCCAAGAAGAGCCCUCACUCUGCAGGAACAGCUACUGAUGCCCUCAGCCCUCAUAGCAACUCCCAAGAAUCCCCUCAAUCUGCCUCAGUGUCCACAACCAACAGUGCCUCACUGGAUGACUCCUCAACCACCCUACCAGGUGUAGACACAUGCACCUCAGAGAACAUGGACCAUUCCUCCUCUAAAACCUCAGAGGAGCCUCUAAACCAAUCUGAUGGCCCACCGCCCAGCAAAAAAACAAGGCAGGGUGCCCGCAAGAAUGAAUGGCCUAAGAAGGAAGUAUCAGGGUUGAAAUCUGAAGAUCACGACCGGCCCCUUGUCAAUGGGGUGAUUGUAGGUCCUAAAGACGGCCGGUCCUCCACCAUUGGAGGAGGGAACGGUAGCAGCUUUACUACAGACCAAUCCUUCCAGUGUAAAGAUGAUGAAGAAGUGGGAGAGAAUGGCCAGGACCACAGUGAAGAAAGUGGACAAAGUGAUGGAGAGAGUGCAGGAGGCAGAGGAGGAGCAGGAGGGGGACACCAAAGCGCAAACUAUGUGUAUCGACAAGAAGGCUUUGAGCCAGCAUUCGGGGACAACCUCUAUGUGUGCAUUCCCUGUGGUAAGGGCUUUCCCAGUUCAGAGCAGCUAAAUGCUCAUGUGGAGACGCACACAGAGGAUGAGCUAUAUAUCAAAGAAGAAGGGGGAACCUUUGUGAAAGAGGAAGAUGAGGAGGAAGCAGAGGACCUCUCCGCACCUGUUGGUCCCUCCAGCUUUGGCUCUGAAACUCGUCCAUUCAAGUGUACAGUCUGCAGCAAAAGCUAUAAAGACCCUGCAACGCUGAGGCAACAUGAAAAAAGCCACUGGCUAACCAGGCCCUUCCCCUGCAACAUCUGCGGAAAAAUGUUCACUCAGAGGGGAACCAUGACACGCCACAUGCGCAGUCACCUAGGCCUCAAGCCCUUCGCAUGCGAGGAGUGUGGCAUGCGCUUCACACGCCAGUACCGCCUGACGGAGCACAUGCGCGUUCACUCUGGGGAGAAGCCGUAUGAAUGCCAGCUAUGUGGUGGGAAGUUUACCCAGCAGCGCAACCUCAUCAGUCACCUGAGAAUGCACACCUCACCCUCUUAGAAAUGCAUAAAGCCAAAGAACUCUGGGAAUAGAAAACAAAGGAAACAUUUCUCUACCUUUUUCCAUCUCAAAAACAAAGAAAUGCACACAUUCACAGGCAGACAUGCAUAGUUCUACAUAUUAAUUCCAGUUUAGGACGCCCUGGCUGAGUGAAUGAUGUAGCCACUGGUCACAGUGCUCUCUUGUUGAUGGUGAGAUCUUGUUAUAAUGCAAGGAUGAAGUCAUCAUUUCUGUUAAAUGACGUCUGCUCGCCUCUCAGGAGUUCUCGUGGGACGAUUCAACGUCGUCUCUCUCCAAAGUCACAAAGCCAUGGUGGAGUGGCAUGACUUCUGGUCUGUUAAAUGUGAAUGUGGGUACUGAUAUGUAACCCUCCCCCCCCUACUUUACCUCAUACCCCUCAGCAGCCUUUCACUUUUUGUUCUUUUUGUUUUUCCAUUUGGUCCUCAAACAGAUUGACUCCCACCUGUACACCAGAGCUAUUUUGACCAAAAACCACAAACCAAACAGCGCUGGCAAUAAUUAAGCUUUUUGUUUCUCUUUUUAAACCUUGACAGCUUUAUAUCCAUUGUUUAGUUGGUGGUCAAUAUCUGUUUGGAAGAAGAGGGGUACCUGAGUUUGGGACCAUCUCCAUGCUUUAAUUAAAAACUUAUUUGUAAAAAAAAAAAAAGGGUUCUCAUGGAAAGACACGUUUGUUUUAACAAAUGGCAAAUACCCAAAACCCUUUACUGUUGUUUGAGUUGAUGUAGAGGGGAUUUUUUUUAUGGUUUCGCCUGUUGGCGCCCCCCAGGAAUGAACCCUGGCUGCAAAGAUGAACCCUUUUGAGGUACUAGUUUUACCUCAAGAGCUUGUCAUGUUUUCAGUGAAUGUCUAAACUGGAAGUUUCUGGGAUUUUUCUUGUGAUGGGGGGAGGGAAGCUGGUUUGGUUUAAUGGGGGUUAAGAGGAGAUGAUUUAGACUGGAUAAAAUGUUGAGUGGGUACGUUUAUUUUUUAUUUUUUUCUGUAUAGCUUUCCUCCCCUUGGAAAAAAAAAGAGAAGUCUAUUUACAUAGGCUCGUGACCUCGCUACCUCUGAUUACUCUUAUGAAUUCUGUUGAUUAGUUCAAAGUUUCUAUGUAAUUAAUUGUAAAAAGUGUAGAUUAUGGUAACUUUACACCUUAUGCUUUAACCUGCCCAUCUCUCAACACAGGUUUUUGAUGCUCAUAGAUUUAACACCUUAAUAUUGUUUUUAGCUGUUGUACUUGUCAGAAAUAGCUUUCGAGGGGUCCUGGGUACUGUGGCCCCACUUCACGUACUGUAGCAUCCUGCCAGGAGCAAAUAGUGGGUAGUUUGUUAGUUUAGAUUUAUAGUGUUCCAAAGAUCUUAUGAAUGUUGAGAACAGAGCUAACAAACAAGCAUUGCUGGACAAGUUCAUAACCAAAGUUUUUAAAAAGAUGUACUUAAGAUAUAUAGCAUACUAAAUUAUUUCUCUUUUCUUUUGCUGUACAAAACAAAUUAUGAAUUAUAUACUAAAUGCAAGCAAAGAAAUCCACUUUCUUGAGGGAGUUUUGGCCAAUGACUUCCAAGACCGAAAAGUGGUUUUGUGCUUUGCAAGGAAAGCUUGUGCUGAUUGGUGGGCGGUUAUAAUGUAAACUUUACCACUUAAAACUGGUGAAGUGCAAACACAUGUUCCUUGAGCAUGUUUUUCUUACUUCUUUAUGUUUGUAUCCAGAGUCCUUAUCACUUUAUAUUUCCUGAUUUUUAAAAACAGGACUUGACAACAUUUUAUGUUCAGUUCAGACCAAAAAAAAGAGAAAAUAUAAUCAUAAUUUUUUUUAAUGUGAAGUUCAAGAUGCCUGUAGGUUUUUUUUUUCCCUUUUGAGCCAGAUUUGUGAAAACUUGUAAUAAGAAGGGAGAAGCAGAGAUGCACUGGACAGCCAGACAACAUGUUGGUCUCCUACAAGAUCCUUUUGAAUAUAUUCCGUUGUUUCACAUAUUUUCUUUUUUUUUAAUAUUGUUAUUUAAAAACUGUUUUAAGCUGUACCUCAUCGUAAGCAACCACAAGUUGGGAAUGACCCCUCUGAUUUCUGUCCAGUGUAUUCAGUCUUAACAGUCACACUGUGGAUGAUAAGCCUUCAGUGCAAGUUUUUGGUGUAGGCAUUCCUCUGUUAUGUUUAACUGUACUCUGGAUAUUUUUUUGUUUAAUUUCAAUACCUCUCAUGUCCUCGUGUUAAGGCCUGUGAAAUGUUUAUCAUGGGGAUGCAGCUACAACUACAGAUAUCACUAUCAUUUAAGGUACCUGCAUCCUGGACUCCCAGAUUUGUUACAUGGGUUAUGUUGGAUUUUGAUGUCUUGCUGUUCAGAUGUUGCUGUUUUGUUAUUGCAUGGUACAUUCAAUUUUUUCACACUCCUCAACAACAAAGAUGUUUUUUUUUUAUUGCUUGUAACAUUGUUGCUUGUGACCUCUUCAGAGGGAGUCCACAAUGCAUUGCCUUCAAACACUAUUGUACGUUCCAGCACUGCUGCAGUACAGUGUAAUGUCUGUAAUGCAAAAGGUGUCUGUACAAUACGACCUUUAGCCAUCUCUGCAAAGUUUUUUGCAGCUGCAUUUGAAUGCUUGCUUGUUUGAUGACAUAACAAAGAAAGAAAAAAAAAAUCCAAACUGUGACCAUACUACUACUACUACUAUUAUUACUACUAGAACUACUACAAUUCAGAUACUUCAGGGAUAGUACUGCAUCUUUGACUGCAGACUCCAGCUACAUUUGUAAGAUAUAGCAUUGUAUCGAUUUCUCUGUAUUUUGAUCAUGGGAAAAUCAAAACACUAGUUUCAUAUUUAAGCAGACAGGGGGGUACUUUUCAACGAAUAUGAAAAAGCCUUGACAAAGGCGAGGCAGCUUGAAACAAGUCUACAUUUUAGUUAGUAAACACAGUAUGUCAAAUAGUUGCAAACUUGUACAAAGAACUUAGAAGAAAAGCUCAUACCCAAAUUCACAAACUAUUUUUUAAACCAAAGCACAUUUGAAUGAUUAUGGAACCAUGUGUGGCUCUAAAUAAAAGAAACAUAUGUAUUUAUCUCAUUGUUUACAUAAACCUUUACAGUUUUACAGACCUCAGUAGAGGCUCGGCCAGGCGGGGAUGUGUUGUUAUUUUUUUUUUUUUCCCCCAUGUUUGUAUGAUUCUUCUGCUUUUCCACAGAGAAUGCUGCCAAAAUAAAACAUUAGCAUUAAAUAUGGGGUGGACUAUUGCAUUUUCAAUUAGGGGGAGGGUGUGCAAUUUGCCAGCUGGCUUUGGGGGUGACCCUGCUCCCCAGUCCUCUCUGCCCUCUGGCCUGUCUUCUGAUGGGACUGAUGGAAGGAGGGGUGGGAAGUGCAUCCUUGACAUAAUAAUCAAAAUGCAUUGUCAGUCAGGGUCUUUAGCUCAGUGUUGUCUCUGUUUACCCAAACACACUGGAGGAGCGCCUCCUCUGCCUGGGUCUGAGUCAGUGAGGUGAUGUUGUAACUCUUUGAGUAACACCCCCCGUUGUUGAACAUGGUGCAUCUCAUGAAGCAGGCAGUUUUAUCUGGAGAAUGUAGCAUUGAUUUGUUCUUUGCAUGUAAACAGGCUUAUCUGGUAGUCUUAACUGUGAAUGUUCUUGUUAUUCUGCUUUUGCGAUGUUUUGAAACUCCUUUUUGCUUGUAUUCUGUGAGUAAAGCCCCCCACCCUUUACACACACACACUCACACACACACCCGGCUGGCUGAGCCUUUGACAAAGUUGGCGCAAACACUUAUUGACAGUGUUCUUUUUUUAAAUCAAAUGUCUAUUGUCAGUGAUGAAUGUAUUUAUUUCUGGGCCUGCCCUCACCUCUUCAAAGAAUUUGCUCAAAGUGUGGGUCUGAGGUGGAGGCAGGAUCCCCUUUUUUUUCUUUUUUUUUCUUUUUGAGGAUUUCAAGCUGAGAAUCAAAAAUAAGACAUGACAUAGCCAUUAACCACAUUCUGUGAACAUUUGUGUGAGAUAAAGGAUGUAUUUAUUCCAGCUCAAAGGAAAUGGUCUAUGGAACAUCUUCUCAGUUGUAUCAGACAUUCUGUAGGGUUUUUAUUGCUUGUAAUUCACUAUGGGUGAUUUUUUUUUUUUUUUUUUUGCCCAUGCUGUCUUGAGUUCUCUCUGACUGCACACAUUGGUGGACUGAACUCUAACCCCGUGUGUGCGUGCGUCUGUGGGCGCAGGCGGGACACUGCCUGUGCAAAGCGGGGCUACUGUAUCUUUUUAAGCUUGCUCUCCCUGGGUGUUGCCAUGCUGCUGACUCUUAAAAAAAAAACAUUUACACAGCAGAACCAUGCAUGUUUUCCAAAUUUCUCUCUAAUGUUCUCAUUUAAUCUUUUAUCUCAUAUCAUAAACCACUUUGCCAUUUUUUUCCAUAUCUUAUACACAUGUCGUUUUUGUCUUUACUGUUAGUUCCGCAUCGGAGCGUUUUAGAAACAUGGAUGAGAUAGCUUUACUAAGUGCACUUUGUAUGUUUUUCAACGCCUGUGGGAGGACCUGAGUGCUUCAGAUUUUUUAACUUGCAUUUUACUUUCCAUUCUUCUCAUCUUACCUCAUUAUUUUUUGUGUUUGGGAAAAUUUCCAUAUCAUUAUGCAGUGUUAGAAAAGCUUUAAACCUUCUUAGAUGGAGACCCCUCCAUGAGCUUGUGCUUGGACCAGUCCUUUUCAAAUUCUUACUUCCUCCAUCUUUUUUCUGGGCAUUUUGUACCGAAGAGGGGAUGGUCUGUCCAGCUGUUAUGAAGAUGCCCCCACCCACCCCCAAAGCCCUCAUAGCAGACUGAACCAAAGCCAGUUUUAAAAUGGCCUCCAGUGCCAUUAAACCCUGUCUAAGCUUUAUUGUCCCUUGCUUUAUCUCAGAUACACCUGACCCCUGCUUUAGCCCUUUGGCCCCCAGUAAUCUUUGUGUUCAUGCGGAGGGGCCUGUACUCUGUUCCUUUGCAUUUUUCAGUAUUUGCUUGACAUUUUUUUUUGCAUUAGCGACUAAUAAACAUAAAACACCAAAUUACCUCAAAAUAUUCAGUGUUUACAGAAAUGUGCUGUCUUGCCAUGACAUAAAUCGUUUUUUGCCGUCCAUCUGUAACAAAAAUGUCUUUUUGGAAGAGUUUAUAGCAGCUUAUUUUCAUACAAACCUUUUUAUUUACAUAUCUUUAUGAAAUUUUAAAGUCAUCGUGUCACCUUGAUGUGCAUUACCGGACAGACAUGAUUAGCUGCUAAAAAACAGAGUACUUGAAGAGUUGAUUAGUGGAACUGCUCAUGAAGUGAGUGUAUUGAGCUUCCUCUCUGGUUUUCUUCAAGAACAGCCUCUCAAUAAUGUAUCAGGAUGUAUGGGCUGAGGGGCUCUGAAAUGGACAUGUAGGGUCUUUGGUGAUGAAUAAUUAAAGGCCAAGAGGCACCUCCCCCUUGGCAAACACACUUUGCAUGCAAAGGUGUACACACCCAGGUGCACUUUUUCUGCAUAAACCUCCACUAAUGCAAACACAGAUGCCACUGUCUAGACUGCAAACACACCAAUAUUUAGGGAGAGGUUUCCUGACCCUUGUUGUGGCUUUUGGCAGCACCCAGGCUGGGCUCUCUCUUUAUCUCCACUCUUCAGAGAGCUCGUAUUCAGGUCGGAGCCACUGCCGUGCGUAGCGAUGGGGCUCUCAAACUCUAAAAGUGUCAUAAAAGUGUAAUACAGCUGACCUCGGCACUCACAACCUUGCAGUCUUAAUGUACAGCAGUGAGGAAAAAUAAACUGUUAUUUUAUGAUCUUUUCAUUAAAAGCUUGAUUGAACACCAA